CUCUCUAUCCGAAAUGGCUUCGCGACCUCCCGUCUCUUCUGUCACAAAAUACGGCAACAGUGCAUCUUUCUGGUGGGAAUAUCCCUCAGGAUUGAUUGAUUUGACUCGGACACUGUCCGUGGCGCCCAACGCCGAACACCAUUCUCCACCUUUACUUCCUGGUCAGCUGGACGUUGCUGUGGAUCGUGAGCGUACAAUUCGCAUCGAUGCCAAAUCGAGUGCCGUUGUUAUCAUUGACAUGCAAAAUUACUUCCUGCAUCCUGAUCUCAGAGACCAUCCCACCGGCCUAGAAUGCGUGGAGCCACUCAUGAAAUUGGUUCCUAUUGCGAGAGAAAGGGAUAUCAAGGUUCUCUGGGUUAACUGGGGCCUCACUGAUCAUGAAUUGCAAACUAUCCCACCUUCCCUCGUUCGUGGAUUCACAAAGGCCGGACGUGGUAGUUUCGGGCCCGAAUUACCAGGAGCGUUCGGGAGACUUCUCAUGCGGGACGCACUCAAUUCAGAUCUUUACGGGCCCUUGCAAGAAGAAUAUCUCAAGGGCAAGGAACUAGGAACUGAUUUCUGGAUCCACAAAAACCGGAUGAGCGGUUUGUGGGGAUAUCAGUCCGCCCUUGACCUCUUUCUCGCGGAGAACGGGAUCACGACACUAUUUUUCGCAGGUGUCAAUACAGAUCAGUGUGUGCUUGGGACACUUGUCGAUGCCUAUUAUCGGGGAUACGACUGUAUACUCCUGAAAGAUGCCACAGCCACGACAUCACCGGAAGGCGGCUAUGAUAACGUCGUAUAUAAUGUCGCAAAUAGAGCUACGGCUUUGCUACGACCACUGAAAGCCUACGCUAAGGGAAAUCGGCAUGUGUCAAUACAUUGUUAGAUAUGAAUAUAUGAAUCAUGAUACAAGGCGUUGUGCAAAAGCACCCAAUGUCCGU